AUGUUUAAUUGUCCAUUAUUAUCUGGAACGAUUGUUACGGUGAAAUCUUUUUUGUACAAGGAUGACAAAGUAACUCGUCGUGGUAUCGUUUUAUCAUCAUUUACUUAUAAUUCGACGAAAGAUGCCUACAUUUAUACUGUACCGGUCAUAUCGAUAGAUUCAACGCGGAAAAAUACGGCAUUAUUUCAAAAGUCCAUUAUCCCAGAAAAUACUGGAAGUGGCGGUAUUAAUGUACCAAGUUUUUUGUGA